CCUCUCUCUCCUACCCGCCCUCCCAUCCUCCCUCUCACUCUCUCUCUCGGCUGUCCUUGACGGUGCUCUGUGGCAAAGCAGAGCACUGUAGUGCUGGGUUGUGCAGGAGGAAGCAGGCAGCCAGCCUUUGCCCAGUGGAUACAUACUGUUCUGUCUCUUCCAACGCUGCUGCCGUUACCCGGGAUACGCAGUCGGGCCUGCCGUGCUGCCAGGGGAGUCGAGGGCUAAUGCCAGUCUGCCAUGACGGCUGAGUGCCAACCUAAGGGGAACGCGUUUUAAAGUGCCCAUUGCGCCAUGUCUGCCACACAGCUGGAGGAGACAGAAAAUAUUUUUGACCUGAACGAGGCCAUCCCAGAGACAGAGCUGCUGGACAACAGCAUACAGAAGGGGCGUGCCCAGCUCUCCGUCAAAGCCAGGAGGCACCGCCCCUCUCGCUCUCGCUUCCGAGACAGCGUCAGCUCCACAGAGGGAGAUGACAGUCUGGAGAGGAAGUGUUUGGACAGCCCUCUGCACUCCGUCCGUUCCCCCCUCCACUCCACCCUGCGAGGAGGCUCCUCCCCUUCGCCUGAUUCGCUCCUCUCCUCGUCCUCCCCUUGUCCCACCUUACGGAGCCCCGUCUUCUCCUUCGACACCUCCUCCUUACGGCGCUCCCCGGAGGAGGGCGGGACCGGGUCGCCAGCCCCUCGGGGGCGUUACCGCCAACUGACAAAUGCCACGUCUCAGGAGGCCCUGGUGACCACGCCCAACAGCUCUCCCUCCAAGUCAUGUCCCAGUUCGGACUGCUCGCCUGUUUACAUUCGACGGGCACGAUGCCCAGACAGUGAGGUGUUAGUUUCAGAAGACAGUCGGGACACCAGCCCGGCCGACCCCGGCAACAACAGCCUUAUCUUCGACAAGAAGACCAAGAGGAGAUUCUUGGACCUGGGGGUCACGUUGAGACGCUCCUAUGUGAGAGUCAGAAAAGACAAGUCAAAYAGACUGUCAAUGGGAAGCMGGGAGCCAUCUGAGAGCCCGUCCAGGUCCUCUGGCUCUUUCGUGCCUUUCUCCUGGUUCACUGACAGCACCAGGGGCUCCGUGUCAUCCGGGGCAACUCCGCCCUGCUCCCCSAAACUGGUCUCACAGGACUGCAGCCCCCGCAAGUCCAACUCCCAGGAGUCUGCCCUGAGUGAUGAGUUCUCACCGCCCCCCUGUAGUCCCCCCCACGCCUCCAGUGGGACCACAGCCGACUCGUCCUCCCGCUCCUCACAACGCUACCAGACCCUCUCCCAGUCCUCAGACGAGCCUAYAGACGAGCCACUGUGCCUAGUGUCGUCGUGGAGCACCCAGCAGGUGUGCCAGUGGCUGAAGGGGUUGAACAUGGAGCAGUACAUCCCAGAGUUCACUGCCAGGGACAUCGACGGGGAGCAGCUCCUCCUGAUGGACGGCACCAAGCUCAAGGGUUUGGGAGUGAACAGUUCCACGGACCGCAGUGCACUGAAAAGGCGGAUCAAAGACAUUCACGCAGCAGCGGAAAAGGAGCGCAAGGCCCUGGACAAACUGGAACGCCAGAAAGAGAAGCAGCGCAAAAAGGACCAGGAGCUACGCAAGCUAAACACAAGCUAGACAUAACCACCAGAUGGCGCUAAAUGGCCACAGAAAUACUCCUGACUAGAAACUGGUGCUGGUGCACAUCUCCAACUUUCACAUGAUCAUGACAGCAUUGAUGCUAAGUGGAGUUUUGUGCAAAAAGUUGGAAUUUGCACAUAGACUUUCGUACUGUACCUCUGGUUUGGAUGUGAGGCUUUGAACCCUGCGAUGRGCGGGACAGUGUGUUGUCUAUCACUGACACAUGAAUAAUAACAGAAUGAAAGCUCCAUGCUCUUCUUGUCAAAUGGAUUUAUUUUAGACCAAGUUCGGUAACCCAAAGUGGGCAUGUGAGAGGUGGGUCGCGAGUUAUGAGAAUACAUCUACAGUCACACACUAUUUAUUCUUAWUUUGGGUAGUUGGAGGACAACGGCAGGACUGUCACGGCAGGACUGUCAAUUUCUAAUUUGGGUCCCGAGGUGAAAAAGCUUAAGAACUGCUUUGGACCAAUCAAUCAGUGAUUGACGCAACAUGAUAGGUCCCGCCCAUAUUGGUGUUCAGAUGUCUCAUUCUUCCUGGCUAUGAAACAUGUGUUGUUCUUUGUCAAUCAGUAAGGUUAUCCACCCUUGUGGAAAAAAUCGGACUAAUAUUUUGUUACUGGAAUUGAGUAUGUGUUAUAAACUCAGCAAAAAAAUAAACGUCCUUUCACUGUCAA